GCCCACAAAUGAGUUGGGCAGAGAUGCAUAAACUGACAUAGUAAAUAGGUAGGUGCUGUGGGGGCACUUAGCAGGAAGUGACCGGUUUUCUGGAAGAGUGAAGGAGUACGACACUUUGUUGUUAAGGACUGAAUAUGAAUUUGUCACAUAGCGAAAGGAAACUUCCAGAGUUUCCUUUCCUUCAUGUGCAAGGUCAUGGAAGCAUAAACUGUGUAUAAGUGUGUAAGGAAAGAAAAAAUUUAGAGUGAUUAUGAUGUGGGACCUAUGGUGAGAGAUGAAACUGGAGCUUGGAGGAAGAUCAGGAAGACCUUAAGUGCCUGUUGGCAAUAGGGAGCCAAGAGAGGAUGGUUAGAGCAACCGUUUCUUACCCAUAUUCGCACUGGUCUGCAAGUUGUUUGACUUAGACUUACGGCUACUGAAGAGGGAGCCCAAUUGCAGUUAACCAGGCAGGAGAUGUUGAGGGCCUAAAACUAAGCAGUAACAGUGGGGAUAGAAAGGAGGGGACGAUUUCAAUAGAUACUUGAGAAAGUAUGUGGGCAUCUAUAUGAGCUAUGUGACAAUUGGAGAAAUUGUCCAUUGGAGAUGGACAAUGGAGACAAAUGGAGAAAUUGGGAGAUCAGAAUGACUGAAUUUGCAAGAGAAUAAUGGAAGAGUUAUGGGCCAGGAAGCAGACUGUCUUGGAAUACCCAGGUUUCAUAUUAACUUGAACGUCCCCUCUUUACACAGGUUAGAAGUCCAAGCCGAUGUCCAAAAGGAAAUUUUCCCCAAAGACACAGCCAGUCUUGGUGCAGUUAGUGACAACGCAAGCACUCGUGCUAUGGCCGGUUCCAUAAUCAGUUCCUACAACCCACAGGACAGAGAAUGUAACAAUAUGGAAAUUCAAGUGGACAUUGAAGCCAAACCAAGCCACUAUCAGCUGGUGAGUGGAAGCAGCACAGAGGACUCACUCCAUGUUCAUGCUCAGAUGGCAGAGAAUGAAGAAAGUGGUGGUGGUGGUGGUGGUGGUGGUGGCGGCAGCGGCACUGGCAGCAAUGAAGAGGAUCCCUCCUGCAAACACCAAAGCUGUGAACAGAAAGACUGCCUGGCUAGCCAACCUUGGGACAUCAGCCUGGCCCAGCCUGAGAGCAUCCGCAGUGACCUGGAGAGCUCUGACACACAGUCAGACGAUGUGCCAGACAUCACCUCCGAUGAGUGUGGCUCCCCUCGCUCCCAUACUGCAGCCUGCCCCCCGACCCCCCGAGCCCAAGGUGCACCAAGCCCAAGUGCCCAUAUGAACCUCUCUGCCCCAGCUGAGGGGAAGACUGUCUGGAAGCCAGAAGGUGCAGAAGCCAGAGUAUGAAGUGGAAUGAAUGCUCCUGUUCUGAGAAGCACACUUGUAACUGCAUCUUUUGGAAUUUUUUUUUUUUUGGCAGGGCGGGGGUGUGAUUUAUGUAUUUUAUUUCAAACAGUCUCUGGUCACAGGUGUUUCUGAGAGAAAUUCUGAGAAAUUUGCUAUUUCUUACCAGACAAAAAAAUGGAAAUUUUGCCCUUAGCACCACCCUACAUCCCACCCACUCUCCCCUUUUUUUAGUUUUAAUUUAUUAUUUUAACUGAUGAUGGCAAUCUGUGAGACGUGUCAGAGUGUACAGAUGUACGUGUGUAUAUUGUAUGUAUGCUAACAUAUUACUGAAGGAUACAUUUUAAUAAAGAUUUCUGUUGUAAUUCAACUCA